CUAAAAGCGAGAUUUGCUUGCGGGCUCUUUUUCCGGCACCUCCUUUGGGCCUAUUUUUAGGGACAUCACAAUUGCAGGACAUAAAUAGUUACUGUAGUAAGGCUCUCGGUUUCGCUUCGGGUCUGGUACCCGUUGCUUGCACCAGGAGUCAACGUUUGGCCCGUCGGUCCCCAGCUCCCCAGCCGCAAGCUCUCGCACAGCAGUUUACACAAAGAAUGACGGCAAAAGGCAGAGGAUGCCGAUGGUGGCUGGCCACGCCAAAGAAGAGGAGGCCGCUUUGGGGACCCGCGGGCACAGUCUCUGCGCGGCAGCGGGCGAUACGCGCGCACCUCGGCCUCCAGGGCCGGGCGAGGACGUGUACAGAUCGCGAAGCGGUUGCAUGGGCGACCCCUCAGCGUUGAAAGCUGGGCAUCGCUCAGGCGCUCAGCACCUUGAACCACGGGGUUUGACAGCCAGCCGGAGAGGCCGCGAAGAAGUGGCCAACUCCCCGGACCUGGGCUUUGCAAGCUCCACUGCACAACGCUUUACCUCCUGAUCUUCUCCUUCUUCUUCGCUGAUCCAAAUCACGUGAUUGAAGGGCAAGCUAGAACCCGUAACUGCAGCUUGCCACAGGCGCCGCGUCGCCGCAAGCGUCCAAGCCACCAUGCGCUGUGGGCGCGGGGGGUGCGGCUCCGUCGCCGCCAGCCACGCGCUAGCCGCCGCCGCGGGCUUCCUGUGCGGCGUGGCAUAUUUUGUCAUUGCGACCACCUACGGUGGCAGUAGCAGCAGUGGUAGUGGCAGCAGCAUAGGCAUAAGCGGCGGCGCCGGACCCGCGGCCGCUGCCGGCGUGGACCUGCUGUCGGCGGCCGCAGCACGCAGUCAGUCUUGGCUGCAGCAGUGGCAGCAGCAGCAGCAGCUGCUGCCCUAUAACAGCGUCCCUGCCAACACCGCAGCUGCUACAGCCUUCGUGCUGUCCAUAAGCGGCGAAGCGGACGUCGUGGACAUGCCUUCGGCGCCGGCCGUGACAGCUACUGCCGCAGGCGGCGGCGCAGCCGCCAGCAGUAGCAACAGCGACAGCGUGUGGGAUGUCAUCGGCGGCAGCAGAAGCGCCACUGGCAGCGGCAGCGGCAGCGCGGGUGAGGACAUGAUUGGCCUGUCGUCCGAGCUGGAUGCGGCUGUGGAGGUGCUGGUGCGGGGCUGGGCGGGUGCGGAGCAGGAGCAGGCCGCCGCCGCUAACGCCGCCGCUGCGGCUGCAGCCGCGGCAGCGCAGGCACAGGCCACAGGCAGGAGCGCUGCGGCUUCGGCGCGUGGCGGGCUGCUGCUGCGGGGACAGCCCCUCAGUGACUACUUACCCGCGGCUACCGGCAGCCGUAGCGGCAGCGGCAGUGGCAACAGCGGCAGUAGCAGUAGCGGCUCAUCACCCUCCGCGCUGCUGUUGGCCCACCAUCUGGCGGCGCUGCGGCUCAGCGGCGACCCCCAGCUGCGCUACAGCCUCAGCAGGGCGCCGGAACCCGCUGGCGGCGGCGGCAGUAGCACGUCUGCAGCUGCUGCUGCAGCGGCUCUUGGAGAUGACACCGGCGAAUGGGUGCGGCAGUCCUACACCUACACACCGCUGACGCUGGAUGACGAGUCGGCGCUGUUGGCGUCGCGCAUGCUGGAGCGGGCGCUGCAGAAGCAGCAGGACAGCAACGCGGCUGACACAGCAGACAUGGAUGCGGGCGCUGCAGAGUACCUGAGCUAUGCCGAGGACGACGGCUCCUCCUCCUCCCCUGACAGCUGGGACAUGGACACGUACCCGCUGCCGUACCUGUACGACCCCUUCUAUGACCUGUACGACAGCUACGACAACAGCCUGUACGGCGAAACCGCCGCCGCCGCCUCUGCUGCUGGCGGCGGCGAGCUGUCCGCCUACUGGGGCGACUACGGCGAUUACGUGGGCGCGUCGGACAUGUGGGUCGGCACCAGCGUGCCCUACGCCGCCGAGUCUGCUACGGCCGAAACCGCCGAAACCGCAGCAGCGGAUUCGGGCUUGGGCACAGUCUCUGGUGUGGCCGUUGGCGCUAGCGCUGGACUCGAGCCUGCAGCCGAUCCCUACCCGGAGUAUGAUGUUGAGUCGGGUUCGUACGUGUACGGCGGGAGCGGCGGCUGUGAGGAGGGGGAGGAGGGAGAGCAAGAGGAGGAGCCCACUGCCGCUACCGGAUCUGUACAGCCAUCAGUGCCGCAGUCUGAAGCACGCACACAGCCACAGCAGCAGCCGGGGCAGGAGCAGGAACCCGUUUUGGCGGUGCAGAGGCGGCGGCGCCUGGCUGCACGCGGCACGCCGGGCCAGCGGCAGCAGGGACAGGGCCGUGCUGGCCAGGAGGUGCAGCAGGCGCAGGUGCUGCAGCGGCGGCGUCUGCUGCAGGAGGGGCGCAGGGGGCCCAAGCCAGGACCCAAGCCCAAGCCCGACCGUCCCAUACCACCGCCGUUUGAGCCCAAGCCAGCCAACGUCUGGGUGCCGGGCAUCGUGCGCGUACAGACCGAUGCAGCUGGUGAUACACAGGUCCGUGUCGGCCCCGCGGUCGCCCCCAUCGUUCGCGUCAACACCGACCGCCUCGGCGCCGGCGGUGCCAGCACCGCCGCCAGCGGCAGCAGCGGCCCGGCCGGGCUGGUGGGUCAGCAGCAGCCGCAGGGCGAGUUCCUGCGCAGCGCCGCCGUAGGCAGCGGGCCCGUAGGCCAGGCCGUGACGGAAGCGGUGAUGGGCGCCACGGCCUUCCGCAGCGCGCAGGGCGCCGCUGACGCCGCGGUCAACGCCGCCACUGCCAGCGGCCUGGUGAGGGCGGUGGCGCCAGGCGGGGAGGAGGCGGCCGGGGCAGCGGAGGCGGGAGGGCGGGCGGAUGGUGCAAAGGAGGGGGCGGGGGAGGAUGAGGGUGCCGCAGCAGCCUCGUCAUCGGGCGCGGCGGUGGCGUUCCGGUCGUCAGCAGUGGGGCCGGCGGCAACAACUAUUGGAUCCGGCACGGCAAGUCCUGAUACUCAUCAGGCUGCUGCAGCGGUAGAGGCGGCAGCUAUGCAGCAGCAAGCACCGACUGACACGGCAGGCGGCGGCGUCAGUGGGGGCGGCAAGGCGGGGGAUAAGCGGGUGUACGUGUCGGUGGGGCCGGGCGGCCUCAUCUCGCGCACCAUCUCCGACGGCGAGCGCUCCAGCACCACUGUGGGACCUGGCGGUGUGCUGGCACGGGUCGCCACGACGUCAAAAUAGGCAGUGUGGCAGCAUUCGAGAGCGUUUGGGUGCGGGCUGCACAUGCAUGUGCCAGAGCGACGGAUUUGUGUUGCGAGUCGCGGCGAUGGCAAGUUGCACUGUCAAGGGGUGCAAGGUUGCAGAGAGGUACGUGGGUUGAGUACAUUGUUGGCGAUCCCAUGCGUUGCAGAAUAACCGUGUGAUCGACCUAAGCGAUGUUGCGGAGUAUUGAUACCUGGAUAUUAUCGAGGGUUGCUGGAUAGCAGUGGUGACUGGCGCUCAAAGCUUGAAUUGCAGGCAGCCGGAUGAGAGGGCGUUUUAAGGGUACGUGUCUCAGACGUACCCU